AUGAUGGGAUAUGGAGGUCAUCCAUUCGCCCAGCAGCGGCAGUCCCAGCAGACAUCUCAUCCGCAGCAUCAACAACAUCACCUGCAAUCGCCAUCCAUGGCCGCCGCCAAUCCCCACCAUGGCAGCGGCAUCGCCAACAGCUCUCUACUUCGUGGUCAAUCUCAAACCACUGACCUGACGGGCGCGAAUUCUCCUGACCUUCGCAAAAUGACUCCCGCGUCGGCUCCGUUGGUCGGUCUGCCGCCGGGUGGCAAUUUCAGUCCCUUCCCCAGUCAUUAUCCGCCGCAGGGCUCGGCGGAUCUGCUGCAGCGGAACACCGACACGGUCGGCCAGUUGAAGGACCCUUAUCUAUCGCUGCAGAGUCUGCAGAGGAAUAUGAAUCCUAUGGCCAAUUUCCGCGCGCACCCCGCUGCCAUGAACGCGCAGGGGUUGUCGCCCCAUGCGCACGCCAUGACCAUCUCGUCGCCGCAGCAAUCGCUGGAGCGCAUGCAACACCAGCACAUGCAGCAUCGCCAGUCGACUCAUUCGCAUCCGUCCGCGUCCACUCCGGCCGGCGCUUCGCCGAUGAUGGCGGCUAGUCAACCCCAGCAGCAGCAAUCGCAGCAACCGUCGCAGCAGCAGCAGUACCAUCAACAGCAGGCUCAGUAUCAGGCGCAACCUCAUCAUUACCAACAGGCGCAGUACCAGCAGGCGCAGCAAUCUCCGUAUCAACAAGCACAGGCCCAUGCGUCUCCGUAUCAGCAGGCGCAGCAGUCUCCGUAUCAGCAAGUGCAGCAGACUUAUCAGCAGCAGCAGGCUCAGCAACAGCAACAGGCCCAGCAACAAGCCCAACAACAGGCUCAGCAACAGCAGGCACAGACACAGGCCCAGCAACAGCAACAGGCCCAGCAGCAACAAGCUCAGCAGCAACAGGCCCAACAAGCACACCAACAACAGCAGGCUCAGGCUCAGCAAACUCAACAAUCCCAAGCCCAGCAUCCUUCGUUCCAGCAACAGGCGCAUGCUCGCUAUCAGCAGCAGCAAGCGCAGCGAUCUCCAUACCAAUCGCAGCCUCAGCAGGCCCAACAGCAGUCGCAUCAGCAUCAACAGCAUCAAUUCCAGCAGCACACGUUUCAAGCUCGCCAAUAUCAGCAACCGCAGGCGCAAUUCCACUCACAGUCCCAUCAACAACCGCACUCGAUACUGCCGCAACAGUCGGCUCAGCAACACCCACAACAGGCCCAUCGACCGCAGUCGUCCACGCCGUCGACAGUCGGUGGAACCAUUGACCUUGUAUCGGUCGAGAAUAACGAGACUCCCGCUGGCACGUCGAAUUCCAACGCCGCUGCCGCUGCUGCUCCGGCAGCUCCUCAGGCCAAGAAGCGGAAACAGCCCGCCAAACCCACCGCGUCGCCCGCCGCAAACCCUCUCCAAAUCAAUGGUCAAAUCCAACCGCACCCUCAGCCGCACCAGCACCCGCACCCGCAGCACCAGCAGCAGGCACAGGGGCCCGGGCAGCAACAUCAACCUAUCUACAUCUCCGAAGGUCAACCGGGUGAGCAGCCUGCUGUGCCACCCGGCGAAAAUGCUUCCGCCGCUGGGACACCCAACAAGAAGCGUGGGCGGCCACGCAAAUCUGGGGAAGAAGGUGCCAAGCCGCCCAAACCCCGGAAGCCAAAGCAAUCCGCCGCGGCGAAUGCGAACAAUACCGCUGUGCCAGGUCUUCCCGGGGCUGCUGUUCCCGGCGUGCCGGGGACCGUUCCCCCUGGGGCUCCUGGUGUCCCUGGCGUCCCCGGUAUUCCCGGUGUCCCUGGUGCUCCAGAUGCCUCUGGUGCAGUCCCUGGAGGUUCUCAACCACCGCCUACCGCCCCUCCUAAGCCCAAGACCAAGAACCCGCCGCCCAUGAUCACCCUCCCCGACGGCACCGUGGUGCCGAUGAAACGAGGUCGCGGACGGCCUCGCAAGUCCGAGACGGAUCCCAACGCGCCUCCCAAGCCCAAGGCUCCGCGUAAGCCGCCAUCCUCCAAGCCGUCCGGCACGGGGCGGCCGCGUGGUCGUCCUCGCAAGGCGGAUAUCGCUGCUCGCGCCGCCCACGCUGAGGCCGAAGCGCAGGCCAAAGCUCAGGGCCUGCCACCUCCACCACCCCUGCAGCUGCCUGAAAGGACGCCGACCCAGAAGAAGAAGAAGCCGCCACAGCAGCCACAGCAGCAGCAACAACAACAACAGCAGCAGCAGCAACAACCUCAGCAGCCUCAACAGCAACAGCAGUCGCAACAGCCCCAGCAGCCUCAGCAGUUGACGCCCCAGGCUCAGCCUCAGGCACUGACUCCGGUACAGCAGCCUCAGGCUCAACCACAGGCGACGCAGCAGCCUCAGGCACGCACGCCCAAUGCGGUCUCUCACGGACAAGUGCACCACCACAACCAGUUGGCUCACGCGCACAACCAAAUGCAGCCGAGUCAAGUCCAAGCCCAUCUCCAGCAUCAGAUGCCUCAGGCUCAGAUGCAAGCGGCGGCUCGCGUGUCUCAAGCGCAGCCCCAGAUGCACAUGCAGCACGCCCACGCCGCGCACGCCGCCCAUGGCCACGCCCAUCUCCAACAGCCACAACCGCAUCAAAUUCCCAUGCCGCCGCAAUCCCAGCCACAGAUGCAGGUCCAUCCGCAGCCGCCUCGUCACGCUCAACAACCGACUCACCAUCAUGCUCAGGCGCAUGCGCUACCCCAUCCGCACGUGGCGGAUACGUUGGGUCUGAACCCGGGGCAGAAACGGGGUCCGUCAACAGUUGAUGAUGACCCGAGGAAGCGGGCGUAUAUCAUGCCUCAGCAUAUGUAG